AACGGUGCAUGAUCGUAAAACUUCAUGUUGAGUUGGCGUUUUGGAUGGGAAACCUGAGGGACAUACUGGGCGACCACUACUGUAAUCUAACAGAAGCACGGAACGGUUUUCUUUUUUUAAGUAACAAACUGCAAUGACAUUACGGAAAAUUAACGUGCUCAUCCUUGUGUUGCUUGCCAUUGCUUUUUUCAUAAUUGUGCAUCGGAAUAUCCUGAGUCUCCAUGAUUUCUUGAGGGAGGAGAAUCCAGAGACAGUACCUGGAGGUGUAAUACAUUUUGAAUCAGACCUCACCGAUGAACGUAAGGCAGAGGUCAGGAGAACAGGGGAAGAAAUCCCCGUGGUAAUUACAGCAGCCGAGGAGAGAUUAGGUGCUGUGGUUGCGGCUAUGAACAGUGUCUACCGCAACAGUAAAGCUAACGUUGUUUUUAACAUCGUCACUCUGAAUGAUUCCGUGGAUCAUUUGAGGACCUGGUUAAGUAAAAGUGACCUUAAUGAUAUUAAACAUAAAAUUAUCACAUUUGAGCCAACUAUUCUGAGGGGGAAGAUUCCAAGCGAUCCGCAGAAGGCUGAAACUAUUAAACCGUUGACAUUUGCCAGAUACUACAUGCCAAUGUACUUACCUGAUUCAGAAAAAGCCAUUUACUUAGAUGACGAUGUCAUUGUACAAGGGGAUAUCCAAGAACUUUUUGACACUAAUCUGAAAUCAGGACAUGCUGCUGCUUUCUCUGAUGAUUGUGACUCUACUUCCUCGAAGGGCAUUGUCCGAGGGGCGGGCAACCAGAACAACUACAUUGGAUUUCUGGACUUUAAAAAAGAUGCCAUUAAAAAGCUUGGGAUGAGAGCAAACACAUGUUCGUUCAACCCAGGAGUUAUCGUCGCCAAUCUGACAGAGUGGAAACUCCAGAACAUCACUAAGCAGCUUGAACUUUGGAUGGAACUCAAUGUGAAGGAAGACAUCUACAGUAAGACUUUAGCCGAAAGCGUGACGACUCCUCCCAUGUUGAUUGUUUUCUACAAACACCAUUCAAACAUUGAUCCCAUGUGGCACAUUCGACACCUUGGAGCCAAGGGAGCUGGCAAUCGUUAUUCCCGUCAGUUUGUGAAAGCUGCUAAACUUCUUCACUGGAAUGGACAUUACAAGCCGUGGGGGAGAGCAUCCUCUUUUUCAGACGUCUGGGACAAAUGGUACGUUCCUGACCCAACGGGUAAAUUUCAUCCCAUUCGGAGACACACGGAAGAAAAAUAGACAUGCCUCAACCACUCGGACCCGCUUCGAUGUUCGAACUGUUUUAUUUUUUUUUUUUAAGAGAGAUUGUUUUAGGAGAAUUCA